CUUUGAUUGAAAAAUUAUCAGUUGCUUAUCAGCACUUCAAACAACAUUACUUGCGUUAGUAAACAACUCUUGCUCAAAUAUAAAAAUGGCUUUCAAGUUCUUCGCCCUUUUCGCUCUGGUCGCUGCUGCCAGCGCUGCUGUGCUGCCAGUUGCCGUGAAGCACAUCGAAUACCAUGAUGCCCCAGCUGAGUACCAGUUUUCCUAUUCUGUCCACGAUGAGCACACCGGUGACAUCAAGAGCCAACAGGAAGAACGUCACGGAGACAAUGUUAAGGGACAGUACACCUUGAUUGAUGCCGAUGGAUACCGUCGAGUUGUUGACUACACCGCUGAUGAACACAAUGGAUUCAAUGCCGUGGUGCAGCGUGAACCUCUAGGUCACAAGGUCGUCAAGACCGUUGUCCCAGUCGCCAAAGUUGUCGCUCCAGUUGCCCACCACUACGUUGCCCCAGUUGCCAAGAUUGCCUAUCCAGUGCACAAGGUCACCGUUCCAGUCGCCAAGGUUGCUGUCCCGGUGCACAAGGUAGCCUAUACCAACAAUCUGGCUACUGUUAGCUUUUCCGCUCCCAGUCUGAGCUAUCAUUAUUGAAUUGUUGAUUUGUAAAGAAUCGUUGACUAAUAAUAAGGCUAAUAUAAUUGAA